AUGGUCAAGGUUGCAGUAGCAGGCGGCACCGGCAAUGUUGCGACAGAGCUUCUCCGCGCGCCAAUUCGCUCCGGCAAGCACGAAAUCACCAUCUUCACCCGCUCAGGCGCUCCCUUAACUCCCGUCCCUGGCGUUCUUUACAAGAAAGUCGACUACAACAAUCUCGAGGCCCUUACCACGGGCCUUCAAGGCUUCGAUGUGUGUCUAUCGUUCCUCAUCGUACACAUCGACGUCGACAAUGUCGUCCAGAGAAAUCUGAUCCGCGCCUGCAAAGCGGCAGGAGUCAAGCGUUUCGCACCAGCCGAGUGGGGCAUCAAGAACAACUCCAGCGUGCCUCCAUACGCGAACAAGGAUUUCAUCGCCAACUACCUCGCCGAACUCAAUAGAGAGAAGCAAGUCCUGCAAUACUGUCUCUUCCAACCCUCUAUAUUUCUCGACUACUUUGCACAUCCGUACCCGUUGAGUCCGGAACUGAUUACCUGGCCGUUCUUCAUCGACUUCGAUACUCGGCAUGCGAUUAUCCUGGACGAUGGGGAGCAGCCUAUAGUCCUCACCGCGAUCUCAGACGACUCUGAGAUCCUCGCCCGCGCCCUCGAAUCCUCCGAGCCAUGGCCGACUGUUGGUGGCAUCCGCGGCUGCAAGACGACUAUGAACGAGCUCCUCGCUCUUGGGAAGAAGAUCAGGGGUGGUGAGUGGACGGUUGAGUAUGUCAAGGGCGAGGAUAUUAGAAGGGGGGAGUUGAAGACGGAGUGGGUGCCGCAGGUGAGCCAUCCGGUGGUUCCUAGUGAGGAUCGAGCGCAGUGGUCAAAGGACUUCCUUAUCAUAUUCUUGGCCGGUAUUCUGAAUGGGGCUUGGAACGUUAGCGAUGAGUGGAACCAGCGGUUUCCCGAUUACAAGUUUCUGAGUGCGGAAGAGUACCUCACGAAAGCGUGGGAGGGAAGGCCAUGA